CUUCACCUAAGACAGACUAGGAAAUAGUGGUCUUGAUUUAGGUCUCUCCAGAUAAUCUACUUCUGUUUGGAAAUCAGUCCCUUUGGUGACUCAUUUUUUCAGCAAAUAAUGGAGAGCAGUAAGUCUGAUGGUACCGUGAAAAGAAUACCAUGCCACUUCACUGCCACAUCCAUGAGCAUGCCAGGGAAUCGUAGCAGACUGUCUCUGGGAGAACCUUUCCAUGUCUCCUUCCACCUAAACAGUGCUUACUGGGACCGGGCCUGCUACAGGGGCUGCUCAGGAAGAUUCGCCUGCUAUCCUCUGCCAGGACAGCUCGGAGUGUUAGAUUGUGCCUUCGAACCAGCCUUCAUUCAAAAACGGAACGAGCGGGAGAGGCAAAGGGUGCGCUGCGUGAAUGAGGGAUACGCUCGCCUCCGCGACCACCUGCGGGAGCUGGUGGAGAAGCGUCUCAGCAAGGUGGAGACCCUCCGAGCUGCCAUCGGCUACAUCAAACAUCUCCAGCAUCUGCUCGACUCUCAUUCUUUGGGAGCUUGCAGUAAGGCCAAAGACAGCCCAGCCAUGUCCAGCGCUGACCCGAGACCAGAGUGCAACAGUGAUGGAGAAUCCAAGGCCUCCUCAGCCUUUUCUCCAUACAGCGAGUGUGAGGAGGUGUGCAGCUAGGAAGCGUCAAAUUGGGGGAAGGGCGUUAUUUUCUGGACUACUUUUAAUAUCUUCCUACCUAUUUGUCAAAAACUCAUCCGAGGAGUUUCCAUUUUGGUGGUCAAGACAUUCGGGAGGAAAAAAGAAAUGACUGCUUCAGUGGGGGGAAAAAGGUAUUUUUGUUCUUUUGCUCUGAGGGGUUUCCCCCCUUAAACAAUUAUAUGCCAGCUACUAAGAGGGACUUUUAAAGUAAUAUCUUUUCUUGUACAUCUUUCUCUGAAAAGCAUGAGGAUACGAAAGCGGGUACAUUCCUGUUAACAUCCCAGGAUAGCAAGGGGUGGGAGAAGAGGAUUGGAAAACAGGGUAGGAAAGCAAAAAAGACAGCCAUUAUUCCAGACACUUUAAAGAAAUUAACAUCUGGAAUUUCCAUCCGUAAGAGAUGAUGGUAAAUUAUAGAGAGAGAUGUAUAGGUCAAUGGAUGAUGAAAAUAGGAAAUCCUUAAAAGGACAAACCUUGGCUGAACCCUUCUCUUUGUGAAUUAGGUUAGAACUCUGAUGGACUCAUGGCUUUUGGUGACUGUGACCUAAAGCGGACGGCCCAGAGCUAAUUUGCCAGAGUUGGCAUUGGAUAAAUACUGUUGAUGAGCUGGGUGGGAAGUCUUUCUACAAGGUGCCUGUCUGGAUCCUGCUUCGGGAAAUGUUGAGCCCUUGGGAAUUUUGCAGCAUUGAACAGAAAAUAAAACAUCUUAGAAUGUUAAUGAUCUCUUUGAGGGGUGGGAUGUUUGGAGAUGGGGGUGGAAAUCAAAAUGCAUUUGAAACUUUCCUUCCCUCCACCUCUUUUUAUCACCGUUCUCCCCUUCCUCUGGGGAGGUGUCCUCCUUCACAUUCUUCUCUCGAUGAUCUCUCCCUCUCUAACUUUUGAUUAAAUUAAAACUUGCCCCACGGUAACCCACUGGAGAUAAUUGGAUGUGACUUUUUGAUGGCUGUGCUGUACUGGG